AAUGUCUCCCUCCCAACCCAGACAUACACUUCCCUCUUUGCAUUCUCUGCUUUCUACGAAACUUACUCACCUGUUUGGCUUCCAUAUUAACUUCUUUCAGCUUUCCUUCUACACCCAUCUGGAAGCUACAAGCGCUUCUUCACUCGCCUAAAACAGAAUACUCUGUGUCUUCUCUGUUCCCUCUUCGCCUAACUUUUAACGCCCGUAUCUCUAAUUUGAAGUGAUUUCAUUGGAAAAAAAAGGAGUACAGAUGACGAAACAGAAUGUGCUAGUAUCCGAUGCGAAAUCCCAAUUCAAUAUGGCGGUUCUGCCAAGUUCGAACUCGCCGAUUAUCACGAGGGCGGCGCAGAAGCCGCCAGCAGCACCGGGCGGAUACAUUUCCAUUUCAAGGAAGAAGUUACUGAAGAACCUUGAGAUCAAUGGAGAAGCAAGAAUAAACUCUUGGGUUGACUCCAUGAAAGCCUCUUCUCCUACCCAUAUCAAGGCCACACCUUCUUUGGCCGAUCAUGACCAGAGUUCUUGGAUUGUUCGCCAUCCAUCAGCCUUGGAUAUGUUUGAGGAAAUCAUUGAUGCCUCAAAGGGAAAGCAAAUAGUAAUGUUUUUGGACUAUGAUGGCACACUCUCACCGAUAGUCGAUGACCCUGAUCGAGCUAUCAUGUCUAAGCCGAUGAGAGAAACAGUGAGACAACUUGCCAGGUGUUUUCCCACUGCUAUUGUGACAGGGAGGUGCAGAGAUAAGGUCUAUAAUUUCGUACAGUUAGCAGAGCUGUACUAUGCCGGAAGCCAUGGCAUGGACAUUAAAGGACCGGCAAAAGGUUCCAAAAACAAGAAAGGUAAUGGCGUUCUGUUCCAACCCGCCAGUGAAUUUCUUCCGAUGAUCGACGAGGUUUACAAACUACUGGUGGAGAAGACGAAAUCAACUCCAGGGGCUAAAGUGGAGAACAACAAGUUCUGUGUUUCUGUUCAUUUUCGAUGUGUUGAGGAAAAGAAAUGGAGUGAACUGGCCCAACAAGUUAAAUCAGUGCUAAAAGACUACCCAAAACUACGGCUUACCCAAGGAAGAAAGGUUCUAGAAAUCCGCCCUACCAUUAAAUGGGACAAGGGGAAGGCUCUUGAAUUUUUGUUAGAGUCACUUGGAUAUGCUAAUUCCACCGAUGUUUUUCCCAUUUACAUUGGAGAUGACCGGUCGGAUGAAGAUGCAUUCAAGAUAUUAAGAGACAGAGGACAAGGUUUUGGCAUUCUUGUCUCCAAGUUUCCAAAGGAAACCAGCGCAUGUUAUUCCUUGCGAGAACCAGCCCAGGUCAAGGACUUUUUGGGACGUUUGGUCGAGUGGAAACUGUCAUUGGGAGGACAGGCCAGGGUGUAAAGUGAUAAAAAUAUGAAAUAUACUGCCACCACCCUUCCAAGAAAUGUAUUAUGAGGGUGGAAUGGGAACAUGUAAUUUCUUGUUCAGGGUAGGUUUAAAAAAAAAAAAAAAAAAAAAAAAGAAGGGGGAGAUGGGCAAGGGAAGGAAGAGAAGCUAAUUAACUGUAAUCUUUUCUUGUCUUUGUACAUCUUGUAACUACCUUUGUACAAGAAAAAAAAGAAGUUUUAACUUACUAAGUUGUCUCAAUGCAUAGAGAUUUUAUCA